GUCAAAAGUUGCGCAUCAGCAUUGUAAACAAAGCGCAUCAGCUGUACGUGCGCGUGUUGUUGCUGCUCGUCCGGAUCCAAGUAACUCAUUCUCGAUAGCAGGAAACGCGUUCAUUGUGUGGUGUAACUAUUGGCAACCGAAGGUAGCAUACAGGAAGUUGUGUUUUUGCUAGUGUUUGCGCUUGUUGAACCAUUGGCAAUGUGUGAAAUGGAUGGCAGCAAUGCCGUGCAGCGUCGGGAAGUCCCGAUGAACCACCUGUUCGAUGGUGGCGAGCUAAACGUGUACGAUCAGAAGAUUGCCAACCUGUCGGCAGGUGCACCGGGACCGGAUCUGUUGGGGAAGAGUGCGGAAACGUUCCGACAGGCAACGGAAGCGCGGGUUAAAUAUGAGCUUAACAAUUCAUCCUUCCUCUUCCAAUAUGGACCCACUAUUGGGACGACGGAAUUUCGCAAAACUCUUGCCUCGUUUCUGACCGACGGAUACCGUAGCGAGGUAAACAUGUCCGAUCUGGUUCAAACCAGUGGCGCAACGAACGGGCUGCACCUGAUACUCUCCACCCUGGUCGAUCUGGCUGGCGUGAUAUUCGUUGACGAGUACACGUACAUGAUAGCGCUGGAAACCAUAGCCCAGUUUAACACAAUGAAAAUAGUUCCAGUGCCCUUUGGCGCGGAUGGCCCGGACGUGGCUUCGCUGCAAGCGCUGAUAGCUCAGCACCGGUUCGCGGCGACGAAAGGGAAACUAUUCUGGGGCGUUUAUUACACGAUACCGACGUUUCACAACCCGACCGGGAUCGUAUUUUCUGAGGAAAAAUGUCAACAGCUGAUAAAGCUCGCCCGCGAAAGCAACAUCUUGAUUGCGUGUGACGACGUGUACAAUUUAUUGCACUACGAUAAUCCCGAGGCCGCACCGCCGAAACGGCUGUUCGCGUACGAUAUUGCCGAUAUGGGUCGGGUGGAUGGAUGGGCCGGUAAUGUUAUAUCGAACGGAUCAUUUUCGAAGAUCCUUUCGCCCGGGAUACGGCUAGGAUGGAUGGAAUGUCCUCCGCGGUGCGUUGAAGCAUUUCGCAACAGCGGAGUACUGAAAAGUGGAGGUGCAGCCAACAACUACACCGGCGGUGUAGUGAGCACUCUCAUUCAGAUGGGCUUGGCUCAGCGACAGCUGGAGCACUACAGCGUCAACUAUACGAUGCGGUUGAAUGCGAUGGCCGAGACGCUAGAGCAGCAUCUGCCGACCGAGUGCAGCUUCCGCAAGCCGAAGGGUGGAUACUUCGUCUGGAUACGCUUCCCGGCCCACAUCGAUUGUGCGGAGUUCAAUCGGUACUGUUUGGAGAAGUACAACGUGUCCGCCAUUCCCGGCAUUCGGUUUUCCGUUGCCGGGGAGGCUCGCCACUUCAUACGCCUCACAUUCGCGUUCCACGAACCCGACUAUCUGCGCCGCAGUGUGAGAACGUUCUGCCAGGCGGCGAAGGAUUAUCUUGCAAUAGCUUCGACGCCAUAGCGAGGAACGCUGCUACCCCAACACUGCUUCCGGUGGGUACCCCUACACACACAUCGAAAUGCCACCUAUUUUCCUGUUUUUUUUUAUCUACACAACCCACUCGUACAUAAUCCACGAUAAUAGGCGCGGCACAAAUAAACCAGCCCGCUUUGGGCUCGCAAAAGAAGGAAAACCUCG